AUGAUUAAGGGCAUCGUUGCUGGUAUGGCUUCUUCCUCGGCAAAAGUUACCUUCAAAAUUACCCUUACUAGUGACCCUAAAUUACCCUUUAAAGUGCUUAGUGUACCAGAAGCUACUCCUUUUACAGCAGUUUUAAAAUUUGCAGCAGAAGAAUUCAAAGUUCCAGCAGCUACCAGCGCAAUAAUAACUAAUGAUGGUGUUGGAGUAAACCCAGCGCAAUCAGCAGGCAACGUUUUUAUGAAGCACGGGAGCGAGUUACGACUAAUACCCCGAGACCGUGUUGGAUCAAGUUUAUAG